AUGGGGAACGGAUUAGUGAAACCCAAACAGCUGAAGCAGCCUGACGGGACCCUGGUAACCCUCUCCAUUAACAGCAAUGGAAGCAAGCUGUGCCAGGAAGGUACUGACGACUUUCUCAAAACCAAAAUUGAAGACCUGGAAAAGGAAUGCAAAAGGAAAGAUGAAGAGAUGCGGGACAAGGAUUACAAAAUCAACAGACUGAUGGAACACUUUUCCAUACAGACCGCAACCAUUUCUGAGCUUACAGAGGAGCUGCAGAACAAGUGCAUUCAGCUGAACAAGCUCCAGGAUGUGAUCAAAACUCAAGGUGGAAAUAACCUUUGCCCCUCGCCGCUGAAAGCCAGGGUCAACGAGCAGGUCAGUUGUUUGUUUAAAGAAACCCUGAACAGACGAAAGGGAGCCAAAGAAGGGGUCUCGGCAGAGCCCACAUCGAGGACGUAUGGCUCCAGCAAGCUGCCAAAGUUUUCCUUUGAAAAAGUUAGAGUUCGCAAGGAUUCAAGUGUGAAAAAGCACAUCACCGAGGCUCUCAAUAAGAACCAGUUUCUGAAGAGACUGGAGGUGCAGCAGAUCAAAGACAUGGUGGAGUGCAUGUACGAGAGGAACUACCACCAGGGAGAUUAUGUCAUCAAGCAGGGGGAGCCCGGCAAUCAUCUGUUUGUUGUUACGGAGGGCAAACUGGAUGUCUUUCAACAGAGCAAGUUUUUAACAACAAUGCCAGUGUGGACAGCAUUCGGUGAAUUAGCGAUUUUAUAUAACUGCACAAGGACAGCAUCUGUCAGAGCUGUCAGCCAUGUCAAGACGUGGGCCCUGGACCGGGAGGUGUUCCAGAACAUCAUGAGGAGGACGGCACAAGCCAGGCAUGAGCAGUUCAGGAACUUCCUCCGAAGUGUUUCAUUGUUCACCAACCUACCCGAAGACAAACUUAGCAAGAUUGUUGACUGCUUGGAAGUAGAAUAUUAUGACAAAGGGAAUUACAUCAUAAGGGAAGGAGAGGAAGGAAGCACUUUCUACAUUAUUACCAAAGGAAAGGUUAAUGUGACCCAGAGUACAGACGGCCAUGCUGAACCUCAGGUGAUAAGGACUUUGCAAAGAGGGGAUUACUUUGGUGAAAAAGCCCUGAUCAGUGAUGAUUUCAGGUCAGCAAACAUAAUAGCUGAUGAAAACGAUGUGGAGUGCCUGGUUAUAGACCGAGAGACAUUUAAUCAAACUGUUGGGACAUUUGAUGAACUCCAAAGAUAUCUUCAAGGAUAUGUGGAAAAUCUGACUAGAGAUGAUGAGAAAAGACAUGCCAAGGGCUCAACCUGUGCUCGACAGACCCCGGAUAUCUCACUGGAGAUGAUUCAGUUCAAGGAGAAGGUUUCUGGCUUUUCAUCAACGUCUCCUUUUCAAAACCUGGAGGUUAUUGCCACACUCGGAGUAGGUGGCUUUGGGAGGGUGGAAUUGGUGAAAGUUAAGAAUGAAGAGGUCACAUUUGCCAUGAAAUGCAUCAAGAAAAAGCACAUUGUUGACAACAGACAAGAAGAGCACAUCCAUUCAGAGAGAAUGAUUCUGCAAGAGGCCCUUUCUCCAUUUAUUGUAAAGUUGUAUCGUACUUUUAAAGACAAUAAAUAUGUUUACAUGUUACUGGAAGCCUGUCUUGGAGGGGAAAUCUGGAGCAUGCUAAGGGAUAGGGGGAGUUUCGAUGAAUCUACAGCAAAGCUUUGUGUUGGAUGUGUAACGGAAGCUUUUGAGUACCUGCACCAGAAUGGGAUCAUCUACAGAGACCUGAAGCCAGAGAAUCUAAUGGUGGACUCAGAGGGAUACAUUAAACUGGUGGAUUUUGGCUUUGCUAAGAAGAUUGGGUCUGGCCAGAAAACAUGGACAUUCUGUGGAACCCCUGAAUAUGUAGCUCCUGAGAUCAUUCUUAACAAAGGGCAUGAUUUCAGUGUCGAUUUCUGGUCACUGGGAAUCCUGGUGUUUGAACUCCUAACUGGCAGCCCACCAUUUUCUGGGACUGAUCAGAUGAUGACGUACAACCUUAUACUGAAAGGCAUAGAGAAAAUGGAUUUCCCGAAGAAAAUAACAAGACGGCCUGAGGACCUGAUUCGUAAGCUGUGUCGACAAAAUCCAACUGAGCGUCUGGGAAACUUAAAGAAUGGAAUAACCGACAUUAAGAAGCACCGGUGGUUCAAUGGAUUUAACUGGGAGGGACUGAAAUCCCGAAAUAUAAUAUCCCCACUGAAAAGAGAGCUCAAAGGGCCUAAUGACCACGGUUACUUUGAUUACUAUCCCCCUGACAAGGACAUCCCCCCGGACGAGCUGUCAGGCUGGGAUCAUGAUUUCUGA